GGCCGCGUGAAGCUCUCACCACAUUUCCGGUGCAUCAGAGUUCUCAACCUCUGCUGCCAUUGCCACCCUUGCUUCCUUCGAAUGUCGUCGAAAUUCGUGUGUCUGCGCUCUGCGCGCCUCGCUGCACGCCAUCCCCUCAGAAGGACCUUCGCCACCGCGACCCCGAAGGGCGCUGACUUUGUGCGCAUCGUGGAGGUUGGACCAAGAGAUGGACUGCAAAAUGAGAAGCAGAGCAUACCAGUCGCGACAAAGAUGGAGUUGGUGGAGAGGCUGGCGAAGACCGGCUUGAGGACGAUUGAAGCUGGCUCGUUCGUGGCGCCAAAAUGGGUUCCGCAGAUGGCGAACUCUUCGGAAAUCCUAGAGCGCAUCCUCCAAUCGCCACCGCAAUCCCCGCAUCCCAUAACGUACCAAUUCCUCCUCCCGAAUGUCAAAGGCCUGGAUAACUUUCUCUCCGUCUGGCAAGCGAAAGGCUCUGGAAACAGCGCAUACCCUACGCCGCCGCCAUCGCCGAGCAGCGAAGGUGGCCCAGCAAUGAAUACAUCUUCACAAGAUCCUAACGCAAUGCCCUCAGCAUCGUCUGGCGCAGACGCAAUGACCAAGGAAAGAGGCAGUUCUUCCGCCUCGGCAACAACGCCUGAGAUUGAGCUCUCCAUAUUCACAGCGGCAACGGAGACAUUCACACAGAAGAACACAAACUGCUCGAUAGCAGAAUCAUUGAAGAGGUUCGAACCUAUAAUGGCAAAGGCGAAGGAGCUGGACCUCAACGUGCGGGCAUACAUCUCAGUAGCUUUGGGCUGUCCAUAUGAAGGGCCAAACGUAGAUCCGCACAAGGUAGCUAAUCUGGCUGUGAGCUUGCUUGAGAUGGGCGCAGAUGAGAUCUCAGUAGCCGACACGACGGGCAUGGGCACAGCCCCAAAGACGGCAGAGCUGCUAAAGACACUGAGCGCCGCAGGCAUCGAGAAGAACGAUCUCGCACUACACUUCCACGAUACAUAUGGCCAGGCCUUGGUGAACUCCGUCGUUGCGCUGGAGUAUGGCAUACGGACUUUUGACGCUGCGGUUGCCGGCCUAGGAGGCUGCCCAUUCAGCCCAGGCGCAACAGGGAACGUCGCAACAGAGGACAUGGUUCAUUGCUUCCAUAGCCUGGGCGCAAAGACGGGCGUGGAUAUUGAGAAGUUGUCGGAGGUGGGCGAGUGGAUUUCAAAGGAGAUUGGGAGGCCGAAUGAGAGUAGAGCGGGGAAGGCGACCCUGGCUCAACUGCGAAAGAGCCGCGAGCAGUAAUAGGGGAUGCCCGCGAGGGUCAUACCCAUGAUAGCUCAGCAAGAAGAUCACUAUGUAUGGACCAAUCCUGUGUACAACUACUAUAGUAAGCAGUUGCAAAAGGAUGUCGGCCGUAGGUUCGG